UCGAUUUCUACCGCAAUCGACGGCCGACGCGAAGCUAUUUUAGUAAACAUCUUGGAUGAUUAGAAUAGAAUAGUAAAAACAAAGUGAUUGUACUAUAGAAUGGCCCUGACCGAGAACUUGUUCUGUGUGUCUUGACCUUGCCUGUCUUGUGUGCAUCCAGCUUUAUAACUACCUACAUAAUUUAAUUUUGGUGUUCUAGUGUAGUGUUCACUUUUCACUUCCGUGUACUUCAAGUAGUGUAGUUGAACGAACCCAGGCAUACUUACCAUGAAUGAAGCAUUUGUUGAAGUCAAUGGAGUUCCCACAAAAGUGACUACCUGGGGAAGAUGGAUUGAAGAAUCUCAAGGGAAUACAAAUGAAAUCAUUAUAUUGAUUCCAGGAAAUCCUGGCGUCACAGGAUUUUAUAAAAAGUUUGCAAAAACUCUAUAUGAAAGAACUGAAAUUCCUGUAUGGUGCGUGGGCCAUGCAGGCCAUAAUUUCGGCGAUCAAUCCAUAGUCAAACUACCCAAUUUUUCUGAACACAAGGAUCUGUAUGGAUUGAAGGGUCAAGUGCAACAUAAGAUUGACUUUUUCAAGAAAUACGUCCCACAAAACGCAAAAGUCUAUCUCAUCGCUCACUCAAUUGGAAGCUAUGUUUCAUUGGAAAUGCUAGAACAUCCCGAAGUGAAACCAAAAAUUCACAAAGCUUAUCUUCUAUUUCCUACAGUCGAGCACAUGGCUGUAACAAAUCAUGGAAAAUUCCUAAACACAUUUGUAAGGCCUAUCGUUUGGCUGAUUUUGUUUGCAACGUGGAUAUUCACAGUGCUACCCAAUUUCAUUGCAAAUUUCUUACUAUUCAUUUACAUGAUAAUUGCAAACGUUCCAAGAGAAUUGCAUUUACAAAAUAUUAAGGAUUUAUUAAAACCUGGAGUUUUGAGACGAGUCUUUUUCUUGGCCUUCGAAGAACUUGAUCUUAUUCAUGACCGAAACAACGAGGUUAUUAAAAGAAAUGAAAAAAUCGUCAAGUUUUAUUAUGGUAGAACGGAUGCUUGGGCUCCAGAAGAGUAUUACAACAAAAUUAAAAACGAUAUACCCAGUGUUGAUGCGGAAUUAAGUGAAAUUAAUCAUGCUUUUGUAUUUAACCGGAGCACUGAUGUGGCUAAUGUUGUAGCUGGAUGGAUUAAACCAGGAAAAUGAGAAUACGCUUCCGUUUAGUUAAUGAUAAAGUGCCUAAAAUUUGUAGGUUUUUUAAAAUUAGAUUUAUAACAUCACAAAAUAAUUUAGUUUCAAGCGGUAAGUAGUACUUUACCAUAUCUUCCCUUGAUUUGUUCAGUAAUAAUAAUUGAGGAGAGGUUGGCUUUUUUAUAGAUUUCCGAAACUUUUUUUACGUAAUUUCCAUGAUUAUACUUAGGGUAAAUAAAGCAUUUAUAGUGAAUUAUAUACAACCAAUUUUUUUUUUUGUGGUAGACUGGAACGAAAAGUGAUUUUUUUUUGGUUGUUAAUUUUUAUAUUCUCUAUUAUUUUAAUUUAAGAAAAUAUUUAUUGUAAUGCCGAAAGACAUUUUUUUUCAAAUUCAGUUAUA